AUGGAAGAAGACCACAUAGUUAUCGAAGAGCAAGAUAGACCAUUCGAAGAAGAACUAAUCCGUAAUCCGCAUAGUGUCAAAUCAUGGCUAAGAUAUAUUAGCAUGAAGGCGAAAUCACCGCCAAAAGUUGUCUAUAUGCUGUAUGAACGAGCUGUUAAACAACUUCCGGGAAGUUAUAAAUUAUGGUAUCGUUAUCUACGCUUACGUCGUGUCCAUUCACGUUCUCUAUGUCCUGGAAGUAUUCUUCACGAGGAGACGAACAAUGCACAUGAAAGAGCUCUUGUCACCAUGCAUAAGAUGCCUCGUAUAUGGAUAGAUUAUUUGCUAUUUCUUAUGUCACAAGGACGAUAUGUAAAAUUCGCUCCAGAUGAUAUGGAACGUUUUGUCGGCUUUCUUAUCCGUCAUGGUAAUGCCAAUGAGGCUGCUGUUGUCCUCUCUGAAAUAAUCAAUAAUGACAGUUUUAUGAGUCGUGAAGGAAAAUCAAAAUUCCAGCUAUGGAAUCAAUUGUGUAAUCUUUUAGUGAAAAAUCCUUUAAAAAUUACAUCAUUGAAAGCUGACCCGAUUAUACGUCAAGGGAUUCAUCGGUAUACGGAUCAGGUAGGCGUUCUGUGGAAUUCUCUGGCUGACUAUCAUAUUCGUUGUGGAAAUCUUGCACGUGCUAGAGAUGUUUACGCUGAGGCGUUGAAUAGUGUUUCAACAGUUCGUGAUUUCACUCAAGUGUUUGAUGCUUAUGCUGAAUUUGAAGAGUCAAUGGCCAAGGCGAAAAUGGCUGCUUUAGAACAAUCUGAUGUUACAGAAGAAGAUGAAUUGGAUGUUGAAUUGUACUUGGCACGUCUUGAAUCCUUAAUGGAUCAUCGUCCACUCUUAUUGAACAGUGUUCUGUUACGUCAAAAUCCUCACAAUGUAGCCGAUUGGUUAAAACGUGUUGAGUUGUUGAAAAGUCAAGGAGCACGUGAACAAAUUGCUGCCUUCAUGGAGGGGAUUACAUCUGUUGAUCCUGCAAAAGCAACCGCUGGUCGUCCAUCAGCCCUAUGGACUGGUUUAUCACGUUUAUAUGAAGAACAUGGCCAGUUGACGGAUGCUCGUGUAGUCCUUGAAAAAGCAACUGGUGUUGCAUUCACACAUGUUGAAGAUUUAGCGGCUAUUUGGUGUGAAUGGGCUGAAAUGGAAAUGCGUCAUGAUCAACCUGAAGCGGCUUUACGUCUUUUGGGUAAAGCCACUGCGGUUCCAUCGCGUAAAGUCGACUACUAUGAUCGUUCUGAACCGGUCCAGUCAAGAUUGCAUAAAUCUCUUCGUCUAUGGACAUUGUACACUGAUUUAGAAGAAAGUUUUGGUACAUUUGAAACAACAAAGGCUGCUUAUGAUCGAAUGAUUGAUCUGCGUAUAGCAACUCCUCAGAUUAUAAUGAAUUAUGCUUUAUUCCUUGAAGAGUUGAAUUACUUUGAAGAAGCUUUCAAGGCAUAUGAAAAAGGUGUUGCAUUAUUCCGUUGGCCAAAUGUUUAUGAUAUAUGGGCUACUUAUCUGGCGAAAUUUAUUGAACGUUAUGGUGGAAAUAAACUGGAACGUGCUCGAGACUUAUUUGAACAAUGUUUAGAAAAGUGUCCAGCAAAAUAUGCUAAAGCCCUACAUUUAUUAUACGCUCGACUUGAAGAACAACAUGGUUUAGCGCGUCGAGCGAUCCGUAUAUACGAACGAGCCACAGAAGCUGUUCUACCAGAGGAGAAAUUUGAAAUGUUUAAUAUUUACAUUCAACGAAUUGCAGAUCUACACGGUGUAACACAUACACGUUCAGCUUAUGAACAAGCUAUUGAACGAUUACCAGAACAACAUGCACGUCAAAUGUGCUUGAGAUUUGCUGAUCUUGAAAGAAAACUCGGUGAAAUCGAUAGAGCCCGGGCUGUUUAUGCCUAUUGUGCACAAAUGUGUGAUCCACGUACUGAAACACAAUUUUGGCAAAUAUGGAAAGAUUUUGAAGUAACGCAUGGCAAUGAGGAUACACUACGUGAAAUGUUACGCAUUCGUCGUAGUGUUCAAGCCACAUAUAAUACACGUGUUAGCUUUGUAGCUAGUCAACUGCAAACUAAUGAAGAAUUGGCUACUGCUCCAAAAGAUGAAAUGCAAAAGUUGGAUAAAUCAGCUGCUGCUGCCGCCACCGGCGGAAAUACAACAGAUGCUUCUUCGCAUAAACCAUGUCUAGCUGGUCGUCCAAUGGUGGUUUUCCAAUCAGCUGGUGUUAGACAACUUGGUCUAGACAGUGACAGUAAACAACAACAACAACAGGAGGCAAAUCGAAAGGCCAGUGCUAAUACUGAAGAAAUUGACAUUGAUGUCGAUGAGGAUGGUGCCGAUGAUGAUGAUGAUGACGACGAGAUGGCGGGUGAUAAUGAUCAAAGUGAUGAAGAAAAUGAAAUGCCAAGUAAAAGACGGAGAAAAAAUAAAGCAGAUGAUGUUGAUAUUGAAAGUCAACCAGUUCCAUUGGCGGUCUUUGGAAGUUUAAAACACGAUGAUGAUGAUGAUGAUGACGAGGAGGGGGAAUAA